AUGCAAUGCGUAUCAGAAUUUCUUUCACUUCACGGGCUAACCCUCCAGGAAAGCCCCACGAAACACCGUACUCUUAGUACGCUUAAACAUAUUCCUAGAGGCUCAACCAUAAUUACAUAUCCAUCGCUUGCAUGCUUUCCAAUUCCAUCCAUGGUCAAUACCCAUUGUAAUAAUUGCUUGGAAAUUCCAAUCGAACCACUAAAAACGUGUUCUAGGUGCCGUAAAACAGUCUAUUGUAACGUAAAAUGUCAAAAACUCGCAUGGUCAGCGCAUCACAAAAUUUUAUGUCCUUUAUAUAAAAAGGAAGGGAAUAAAGCUUUGGAUGGUGAUUACAUGGACGAAGAAAUGUUAAGACGAGUAGCAUUGAAAAUAGAUAGAUAUUUAAAAAAAAAAUCAUACUAUGAGUCCGAAAAAGUAUCAGCAACGGAUUUAAGCGAAAAGAUAAACUGUGAGACAUUUUUGACAUUGAUGUCACACCGUGAAAAACAUACAUCAGAACAAUUAGAAAAAUUUAAAACUAUUGCAAGGAAUGUUUUUUCUGAUUUGGACUUACAAAAUAUCACUCAAGAUGAAUUGAUAACAUAUUUAUGUAGAUUUUCUUGUAAUAAUUUCAACGUGGAUGAUAGUCAAUUAUUUAAUCUUGGCGAAGGAACUUACCCUAUUGGAUCUUUAAUCAACCAUUCUUGUCGUCCGAAUGCUAUAGUGAUGUAUUCAAUCGGACAACAAGCAAAUAAUGGACCACAGAUACUUAGAAGCAUUGAAAACAUAAAGGCUGGUGAAGAGAUAACAAUAUCUUAUGUUGAUGCCGCAAUGAGCCGAACAUCCAGACAAAGAUUAUUGAGGGAAAAGUAUUUUUUUAAUUGUCAAUGCCCAAGAUGUAGUUCAGACGAUAUUAGUAUAGAUAUAACAGAAGAAGAAAGAAGUAUAUUAGUAAAGAUCGAGCAAUUAACUGAGAUAAGAGAUAAUGAAAAAGAGCAAGAAGAAAUCGUAGAAAAUUUGCUGAGUUCUCAAAUGCAACAGAACAUGAUAAAAGAUUCAAUUUCUUCUUUUACUUCACGCAUUAUUAUCGCACUUUUGCCGCAUUUAACAGGAGAAACUUCAAAAUCUGAUUACAUAAAGACCUUGGAAGUACUUUUAAAUGACAUGCACGCAACCAUCACACGUCCAGAUCUUUUUACUACGUCAUCUCUUUCUCUAGUCACAAGACAUUUUUAUGAUCGUAUUGAUUUACAACAGUGGCGAGAAUCAUGGACUUUAGGUCGUUAUAUUCUCGCUAUUUAUCUUUUGAUAUAUCCAAGAUUUCAUCCAAUUAUUGGAUUGCAUUUAUUUAGUUUGGCAAAGUGUAUGUGGAAUGAUACUUGCAAAGAUAAAGACAAAGUUGUUGAAUCAUAUGAAAUAGUAAAAGCAACGAAGAAAGUGUUAGAAAUUACACAUGGUGAUGGAUUUGAAAACGGAAAGAUCGUUGCGCAAGUCAUGGACUUAGAAAUCAACAUGCAAACUGAAUUGAUGGAAAUAGAAAAAAAGAAAUAG